AUGUUAUACAAAUCUGCUCUUGCGGCAUCGAUGGUCCUAUGGGUAUCACAGGCCCUAGCGAAGGAGAUCCCUGCCAGCCUGCAGGCAUUCUAUAACCAAGUCAGAAAUGGCGGCACAUGCUCUGGACCCGACGCCCUUGCCACUGAUUUCUUCAACACCGAGCAGAGUGGGGGGCAUACAGCCUACUGCACCAAAUACCUUCCGCUCGGCAAGGGACUGUAUCUCAAAGGCCCUGGAUCUGACCUGGCUAACAUGGAUAUCGACUGCGAUGGUGAACAGAGCGGCGGGGAUGGACGCUGCAAGUCGUCGACCGAUACGCAGGGUCAGACGACCUUCAGCACCAAUCUGCACAAAUUCGAAAUCGGCGACCUGAACGCCAACAUCCAUCCAUAUGUGGUGCUAGGGAACGAGGGAAACUACAGCCCAACGUUUGACCCGCGUUCUGUGGGCGUGCAGCCUCUCAGCGUGGUAGCCGUGGUAUGCCGCGAUCAGCUCGUGUACGGGAUCUGGGGCGACACUAACGGGGACGACGGGGAGCAUCCGAUGGUCGGCGAGGCAAGCAUCGCCCUCGCGACGGCCUGCUUUGGUCAGGAAAUCGCAGGGAAUAGCGGAUACGAUGGCUCGGAUGUGCUCUAUCUUGCCUUUACCGGGACAGAGGCCGUCCCUGGCGCCAAAGCCAAGUGGAAAGCGAAGACCUACGAGGAGUUUGAAACAAGUAUCACGAAACUGGGAGAUAGGCUUGUUGCCGACCUGUUCGGGGAUACUAGCGAGGAGUCGAGUGAUACUUCCGAGCACCAUAAUGGAGAUAACGAUGGGAAACAUCAAAAGUCUACAGCUUGCAGUAGGUUACCGAACCUUGCUCUGCUCAUGUGGAUCGUACCCAUUGUUGUGUGGUUCAGCUUCGUGAUUUAG